CCCUUCAAUGAUUUUGUCUGUAGAUCAAGAGUGACUGAGUAAGGUUCUGUAUUUAAAAAGAUUAAAAUAAACUCAGACCCAUCACUAGUUUAAUAUAACUUCGAAUUGGGUUUGAGAAUUUUAUCGCAAAUUUUGAUCUUCAAUUGAAAGUCUUCUUGUUUGAUUCCCUCCCCCCUGUUCCCCUUUUUGGGGAUUUGGCUCUGCUCCUCGUUAAUUUCUCAACACUUCUUGGGUUUUGAGCUUUAAGUCGAGCCUCUCUCUCUCUCUCUCCACAACAUGUGGGGCUAUAAACUUUUGCCUCCUCAACUGGGAGUUUUGAUCCUUGGGCCAUGAUUUUUGAGAUGUGGUGGCGUUGGGAAGAUUGCCAUGGUACCACUUCAACAGAGUACAAAGCAUGUACUUUCAGAUUCCUCUGUUUCAUGUCAGCUUAUCCAUGCAGCUUGAAGAACAGUAAGCAGAGCUCUACAAUGCAUUCUAUAUUGUGAAUUCGUGUCUUUGUUUACCAAGUGAAAAUUGGUUGAUGGGUACUAUGGUUGGUUAAACACUUUAAAGAGAAAGAUGGAACCAGAGAAUCUUUUUUAUUCAGUAGAUGAGUUUGGAUUGGAUGUUAAGUGGCUGAUUGAUCCUCAGCAUCUUCUUGUGGGACCCAAAAUUGGAGAGGGAGCACAUGCCAAAGUGUACGAAGGAAAGUAUAAAAAUCAGAAUGUUGCUAUUAAAAUUGUCCAUAGAGGAGACACCCAAGAGGAAAUUGCCAAGAGAGAGGCUCGUUUUGAGCGAGAGGUUGCUAUGUUGUCUAGAGUUCAACACAAAAACUUGGCGAAGUAUAUUGGUGCCUGUAAGGAACCUGUGAUGGUGAUAGUUACUGAGCUUUUGGUAGGUGGGACAUUGCGUAAAUAUCUGCUAAACUUGCGUCCGAGGUGCUUGGAUACACAUGUUGCAGUUGGUUUUGCACUUGACAUUGCUCGUGCAAUGGAAUGUUUGCACUCUCAUGGGAUCAUUCAUCGGGAUUUAAAGCCAGAAAACUUAAUCUUGACAGCGGACCAGAAAACAGUCAAACUGGUGGAUUUUGGUUUAGCCAGAGAAGAAUCAUUAACAGAGAUGAUGACUGCUGAAACAGGGACAUACCGCUGGAUGGCUCCUGAGUUAUACAGUACUGUUACAUUAAGGCGUGGAGAGAAGCAGCAUUACAACAACAAAGUAGAUGCAUAUAGCUUUGCCAUAGUCUUGUGGGAACUCCUACACAACAAGCUGCCAUUUGAAGGCAUGUCAAAUUUACAGGCUGCCUAUGCAGCGGCCUUUAAAAAUGUAAGGCCUGGCCUGGAAAAACUCCCGGAAGAUUUGGCUACGAUUCUGAGUUCAUGUUGGAAUGAGGAUCCAAAUGCUCGUCCCAACUUCAGCCAAAUUGUACAGAUGCUCCUUCAUUAUCUUUCUGCCAUCUUGCCUCCUGAACCCAUGAUUCCUUCUCGAGUUUUUGCAUCUGAGAACGCUGUCUUUCCACCAGAAUCUCCUGGUACGCGCUCUUUGAUGGCAGUUCGAGAAGACAUGGGGGUGACCCCCAGAUCCCAGAUGGAAACAAAACCAACAAGUUUCUUCUUCUGCUUCAACCAGUGCUAUUAACUCCCCAAUUGACAGAUGAGAAGCCCAAGAAGUGUUCUUCCAAGGUAGUCAGUGCAAGUGAGGCUCAGUGAAAAAAUAGGCCUAAUCUCAUGAACACAUGGAACAUGUUUAGGAAAGAUUGGGAAGGAAUUAUACAUUACAUUUUGGCAAUAUGGUAAAUGUAAAAUUUCGACCUGGACUAUAUCUACAUUGAGUUACAUGUUAUGGGUUAGGUGGUAUUAUGUAUUUUAUGUGCAA